CAUGGCGACGGCUAGGGUUUAAACCACUGCUCGAUCCGUUGUGUUUUUGUGACAUUGAACGGGGGUAGCUUGGUGUACUGCGUGUUUGUGUCUUCCGUGCUCCCAUGUGCAUCAAGUGGACGUUGCCCAUCUCCAGGAUCUGAGGUUGUGGUGGCCCCGGGCGGCCGGGGUUCGAUGACCCGAUGCCGCUUGUGGGCCUCACGGCUGGCGUGAGGGUCAUCCCUUGUCUAUAGGACUAGCGAUCUCCUUCGUUGUGCGACUUGCACGGUUUUAGCGGUUCCAGGAAGGCUGGACGCCCCACCGGCGAAGCGAGUGCAUCUGGCUGUGCGAUGACCGCUCUCGACAGGCAGCCACACGAUGUGAUCGUAGAGUGGCUAUGAAGGCAGUCGCCAUGGAAACCAUCGAUGACGCCGUGAGCCAGAUCGGGGACGAUCAUCAACUCGUGCCGCUCCAGAUCUUUGUGCCGGAACUCGUGCUCCAGAAGUGUUUUCACGUGAAUCGUGAAGAGCUAAUAUGGGACAUCAAACAACAGAUACUCUCGUCUCUGCCUAAGGAACUAAAAGAGAGCUUCAACUAUGGGCUGUACUGCCCUCCGGUGAACGGGAAGGCCGGCAAGUUUCUAGACGAAGAGCGACCCAUAGCGGAUUACCCUCUAACAGACGCCGUUGCUUAUUUAGAGCUUCGGUACAAGCGGCGCGUGUACAAGAUGAUGAACGUGGAAGAGAAGCAGAUCAAGCAGUUGCACACGCGGGCCAACUUGCGUCGCAUGUUGGAACACGUGGCAAACAACAACGUAGAGAAAGUCACCAAGCUCUGCUCCAGGGGGAUUGAUCCCAACUUCCACUGUCCAGACUCUGGAGAGACACCGCUGACGCUAGCGUCGGGGCUUAAGAAUCCAACGAAGGUGAUCAUCGCGCUGGUGAACGGCGGAGCCCUGCUGGAUUUCCGCACCAAGGACGGUCGGACAGCACUGCAUAGAGCGGUGGAGAAAAACAACCUGGAAGCUCUCAAGACCCUACUGGACCUUGGGGCGUCCCCCAACUACAAGGACGCUCGAGGGCUUACACCGUUGUACUACACCGUCGUGUAUAAUGCUGAUCCGCAGCUCACGGAACUCCUGCUUCACGACCACGCUCAGCCGGGCACUGCGGAUCCACAGGGUUGGCAAGAGGUCCACCAGGCGUGUAAGCAUGGCCUGGUUCAACAUCUGGAACACCUGCUGUUCUACGGGGCGGACAUGAACGCACGCAAUGCCAGCGGCAACACGCCCUUGCAUGUGUGUGCCGUCAACGACCAGGAGAGCUGUGCAAGGGUGCUGUUGUUCAGGGGAGCCGAUCCGGCAGCCCUCAACUUCGCCAACCAGAACCCUUACCAGGUCGCCGUCAUCGCAGGAAACCUCGCCCUCGCCGAUGUCAUCAAAAAUCACCGCCCUGAGGACGUGGUACCAUAUCGGGAGCCACCGCAGUACAACCCCCGGCGCCGUGCGAGCAGCGCGGCCCUUAGCCGGACCCACAGCGACCCCCGGCUGGAACUUGUGGUGCUCGGGGCCAAGCCGCCCUCCCCGUGCCCUUCAAAUCGCUCCCUGCCGCCUUUCUCGUCGUCUUCUACAAUCUCGGAGGCCUCCUCUACGGGUUCUUCCUCCACCACCACUACCACCACGACCACAACCCAUGGAGGAACCAACGCUGCAGAGGACAGCGAGGGAAGCUGCGGCACAUCCACUAGUGCUACCACAGACAAAAGCGCAACAAGCGACUCGUCUGGGGUAUGCACCAGCAACAGUGGAGCUAGCUGCGACUCGGGCACAGAGAACUCGGACUCCCCUGAGGUCAUCAUAGUUGGUACGACAUGUGUCUGCGUCACGGAAUACCAAAGUCCACUCACCGGACACCUGGCACUCAACUGUGGUGAUAUCGUCCAAGUGACCCAAGUAAGCGACACAGGGAUGAUCGAGGGCCGUACGCGCGACGGACGACAAGGGCUUUUCCCUAUUGCCGCCGUGCAAGAGGUAAAGCUGCGGCCGGGGCCCUCGAAUCAGGGCCGUGUCAAGGGCCGCCGCGAGAUGCACGCUUCUGGGGUCACCACGCUGCCCCGCCGCUGGAGGAUGUAUGGCGAACCGCGAACGGUGAUUCUUCACAAAAGUAAAAAAGGAUUUGGGUUUGUUCUUCGAGGUGCCAAAGCCACAAGUCCACUGAUGGAGCGGCAACCAACGGAAAACUGGCCAAGCCUGCAGUAUCUGGAUGAUGUGGACAUAGGAGGCGUGGCUGAUCUGGCAGGGCUCAGGAAGGGAGACUUUCUACUUGAGAUCAACGGCCAGGAUGUAUCACAGGCAUCUCACGAACACGUGGUGUCGGUGAUCCGUCAGUCAGGUGACCUAGUGGCUAUGACGGUGGUGUCGGUGGUGAGCCUUGGAGGAGUCGAGAGUCCACCCCAGGGAGGCUCUGAGAGCUCGGAGCACUGCGGCAGCACGUACCGGCAAUGUGCCACGCUGCCUCGUAAGCUGUCGGCCAAGAAGGCCCCAGCUCCUCCCAAGAGGGAUCCACGCACUACGCUCUCCGUGGGAAGGGCUAGGGCUCGCUCCAUGGUAGCAGGACUCACUGAAAUUGAAGUCCUGGAUAAGUCCCUAAACGAGUACGAUUCCGAAGGCCGUUCUACGAAAAGCAGCUCAAUUGAAAGCAUCCCUAAGAAUGGCGCACCUGCGCCUGCCAGCGCCACGACGACAGUAGAGAACGUACCUAGCACACAAUCCUCUGAGACGCCUCGUACAGCGUCCAUUCGAUCGCGACCCAGCUCCCGGCGAAUGACGGCCGCCGAGUUGGAAGCCUUUCUCACUCGGCAGAGCACGGAACAGUCAGCAGCGGGUACUCCGCGGGUCUACGGCAGCGUCGCUGCAAUGAAGCGGUCUCGCGCAAGAGCACCGAGGCCAGCAGAGGGCAUGAAGGACUCUCACAGCGUCCCAGACUUGAACGCGACCGAGUUUGCACUCGACAAACGGCGAAGCAGAAGUCAGGACGACCUCGCCCUAGCGUUAGAGUCUUACCAGGACUCCUGGCGCUCGAUUGAAGACAUUUACGCUCGCGUACAGCAGAACAGCAACCGCCAGUCGCAGAUCUACGCGGAGACUCUUCCGCUGACCAAGAAAGAGAAAGCUAGUCAUCCUGUUCGUUGCCCUCCUCCUAGCCAUCCACCGCCCCCUCCUCCUGUGGGUCAGGUGGUCAAAGUAGAUGUCUCACAAUCUAUAGGAGACUACGCGAAUGUGGACGGAGUUGCUUCAGGGGACUCAAAGGUGAUGUCAAGUUUCCGACCAGGUGAUAGUGCUAAGCUCUAUGCUUCGCCAGAGUCGGUGGUCACUGUUGGGUACAAAGCACCAUCGGAUUACCAGCGCGGAAGCAUGACGCAGCCACGACCUAGUAGGACGCCAACUCCAGGUUCGAGUUCCAGGUCUCACUCACUUCCUCCGCGAAUACCAAACAGGACAUCGUCUAUGGAACCCACGACGACCGAAGCAUCUCGAGAGAACGUUGUGUAUUCAACCUUCAGGGUUGUACAGCCGACGCCGACGGAUGCUUCCAUGCGGUCAUUGAGAGGCAAGAAGCUGAGAGCACCUCCAUCAACACAGGCGACUACAGCGUUCCAGGAUGAAUCACGUGAAUCUGAGCCAUAUAUUCCAGAACCGGACUACGACAGUACAGAUGAGGAAUCCAGCAUGCCACGGUCUUCAGUAGAUCAUGCUGGGGCUCUCGGUACCUUCAAGGCUACUGGCUCGCCAGCACAGUCUGCACAAAAUUCGGUUUCGGAAGAAUUGUCGAAGAAAGACGUCAUCACCUCUCCCCACUCAAAGACUGCUAAGGCGGAACCAACGACACAACAGACUUCUCAGGAAAAGCCUCUAAGUCAACUGGAACCGACAGAAGCGAAAACAGGAAGGGUUGAGGCACCAAGCAACAAGAAAGAGGAAAUUGAACACAGAAGGCCUCAGCACUACGCUCAGACAUCAUCGCGGGGUGAAACUAUUGUACACAUCAAGCGCGAUCCACUUGAAAGUGAGAAGCUAGUCUUGGAAGUCUCAACUGGGUCCGUCAAGGAGAACAUAUCUGCCUUUGAGAAGAGGAGUGUUGGGGGUCCACAGAAGAGCAGUAAGCAGCGUAGACAACAAAACAUUGAUGAACCGCUGCACAUGACGCAAGACGAUGCCUCUCUGAGGACCUCUAAAUCAUGUCCCAAAGAUUUCAUUCAAGAUGAGAUGGAGAACAGUUCCAGCGGAGUGUCGUCCGACGUGGAGACGCAGAACGAGCGGCACGAGUCGAGCGCUUAUGACCAGGCCUCACUUGUGGCGAAGCGACUCAGCGCCUACUACUUCCAGCGACAGCAGUCCGCCGAGGACAUGGUUCCUCCUUCUGUUACCGCGUCUGCUGCAACCCUCGAAGCUCUCAACCGGCGCAAUAUUCGCACUCCUAUGGGGCACGGAACUGCCCCACGUCCGAGCGGACACCACCCACUCCCUCCGUCAGCCACGGCGUCCCUUCGACGACCCCAGGAGAAGGCUCAAUCUCCUAUAAUCGUCGGUGGGAUACCGAAAAAAACGCUCAAGAUCCGCCUGGAUCAGAAAGUUCACGCGACACGUCGCGACACUGCGAGUCGCGCAGUCGCGGAUGCCGAAUGCUCCAGCCUGCGCCGUAGUAUCGAUGAGAGCCUGCAGUUUAUCCGACUGCAGGUCGACUCCCUUGGGCUUUCCUCCGUCAACGAAGCAGAGCCACUGACGGACCUCGUCCCUCCCCCUCCAGAAUUUUCCACCAGAUCGCAGCCGCACGUUCCACCAGCUGAACCCAUUGCUCCACCUCCAGAGUUCUCGGACGAAUGCCGGAGGACCGAGCCUCCGCGCCAACCGUCAGCCUGCCACUAUAGUCAUCACGCCGGAUAUUAUCGCAUGAACGGCUCGCCCCAACACGCGGCCACUUUGCGACCGACAUCGACGAUGCCACACCAUCGUGGUGGGUACGACACGGCAGCUGCCAUGCAGGCGUACCGACCAGGCUACGGUACUGUGGGGCGGAAGCCCGAUCCUCACGUGCUGGUCGUCCCGGUCGAGCGGCAAGCCGGUGACCUGGCUCGGCUCAAGUCCGUCCAGCGAGAAUUCCGGCAAAAGCCGCUCAUGGAGUGGAGUGCGCGGGAUGUGAGCGACUGGCUGGAGAGUCUCUUCCUGCAGGAGUACCGGCCCCGCUUCGUUGAGGCGGGCAUCACGGGAGUGAAGCUGGCAAACAUGGACUCUAACGAUUUCAUGGGCCUCGGCGUCAAGCAAGUGGGCCACCGGCUCAACAUGGAGCGCUCGCUAAGGCGCUACAUGAAGUAAUGGCGCGAACAAGCGGCUAUGUACAAAGCUUCCUUUCUGGAUGCCUACAACGUGCGCGCACUGGGGAUCGCGUUUUAACUUCGUAGUCAUAAAGUUAUAACGCGAGUUUCUGGCGACAUCACCACAGCUUACCGUCAGCUUAGGGCGUGUUUUUGAGACCAAAAGAAGAAUGAGGCGUUCUUGGUUGGUAUCCAGGGGUCUUCACUCUGCUCCCGUUUACACAUCAGGGCGCUUUCCCGACUUCGAAACACCUUCAUUGCCAUUGUUUACAGUGCCAUUCAGAGGUAGUAAGAAAAUAUGUAUUUAUAACGAUCGAACAUUUUAGUUGGACAUUUGUCCUUUCCUAGUGGCCUGCUUAAACCCAGGUGAUACAUUAUUAACACAGUAGGGUCGUAUAACCUCAGCUGAGUCUUGAGAUGUAUUUGUACAUAUGUAGUUUCUUGUGCUAAAUGGGAGCAUUAGAGGUUCUAGAUAAUUGUAAUCACAUGUAUGUGGGAAACAGAAAGGCAGCUUGACAUGUUGGCAGCCUGCAUGCGGGUUCACCAGUGGCGUUGUUUCCCAUCGUCUGUUCUAGUACCAGAACCUGCAUAAAGCUCAAAGAUUCUCAUUCCUACAAUGUCGUUGUUCGCUCAAAGCGGAUAUAAAAGUCACUGUAGCGCUAUCGACAUUUUUUAAAAAUAAGUGUACGCCUUUGUCACCACCGCGCACUUCCUUUGCUGGUCACCAAUUCUAUUAUGGUUCCUUACCACACCUUGCCCUCACAUUAUUUCCUUGCUUUGUUCUUUCUGGCAGUGGGAGCCUGCAACUUGACGCAUAUUGUAGUUGACUUGAAUCUUGAAUUUUCUGCAACGAGUCGUAUGUAAGCUAUUUUCUUUUUCCCUAAUUCAGAUCUGUUUUUCUUAUACGGCAACUUUCGUUACUUUCGCUUUAUGUUAGGUUGCCGCUACGAUUUAGAGCACAUACCCACGAAAGAUAAACUUCGAAUACGAGUGACACAAAGUUUGUAAUUUCAGGAGUUCCGUGAAAGCCGAGACUACAUCUGUUCCAGGUUUUAAGUUCAGUGCCGAUGGACCUCUUCCCUAAUUCGAAAUGCCGAGGGUCAUUCCGUGUGCAUUGAACGAGUGGCCCUUUUUGCGCGGGUGAUUCACACACCGACGACGCCCCUGCCGUGUACUCGCACGAGCAGCCUUCCCCAGGACACACCAGCGACAGAUACGAAGAACUUAGUAGCUUUUUGCCGCCACGUAAGCGCGAGAGCUCAACGUCAUGUCUAUUCGUGCACUGCUAACCGUGGGGGAUAUCAUGCUGCUCAGCCACAAGAUAUUUCAUAGUAGACGACAGGAGAAGACACAGUGUCGUCUGCUAACUGCGCGGUAUCCGGCACUGUUCGAAUGCUGAACAUAACACGUGGCGGAACAUCUGCCCAGUGAGCUUUUUUUUUUUUUGCUUUUUCUUCCACUAGAAUAUUCCCUGGGGAUGUCGCUCGUACGAAUAUAUUGGAAUACGAGGAGAGGUAGGCUGGCCCAGGUGAAUGGGUACAGCAAGAGCUCGUCCCGCGCAGUUCCAAGUCUAGUAUUGAGAUUCAGUGCUAAAAGACCUGCUUUCGUCACGCCGCACGAUAGGCUCCGACAAGCUCUGACAAGUUCACUGAAGAUCCGCUAGGCUGUCAGAAAAAGAUUAGGAAAGAUACCCAUUGGUCAAUAACGAUUCCAACUACCAAGUUGCAGAGAACCUCCAUAUGCUGAUUUAUACGGUACUGAAAGUAACGAGCAUGUCUUUCAGUUCAGCCACGUGGAUCAGUUAUCUGCUGCGGGCAAUCAUGGUAUCGUGCUGAUAAAACACGUUGUAGUCGUGCUCUAUCGAAACAACAUGACUCACCUUUGACCGUUAGUAACUGGCAAGGAUAAAGGUUCCUUACAUCAGGCACUGCUCACCAAGCUUGCCGCUUUAUAUUCGUUGAAAUAUAUCGGAAGUUUAAAGAUAGUCUGCCACUGUAAUGCAUUCACCAUACCGAAUAACUCGGCAUCUAGGGUUUAUUCACAUGACGUCAUCCGCAGGAGAGCGCCACUGUUGCUAGCAGAUUUGCCGCCGUGAUGUAGGUCUGGUCCAUGCCUUCAAGCACUUCGCAUUCACAGUAUAUUUGAUGUUUCAGAGUUACUGUACUGUGUGAAUAUUAUUAAUGCGUUAGCAUUAGAGUCCUCGCUACGAAAGAAUCGCGGUGUGGCCUGUCUGUAGCCACGGAGCGGGGCGCAUGCGCGGUGAGUGGAGAGGGAAGGAGAGGGCGCGUGGAGAGCGCGACGCGACGCCUCGGCAGUGCAGCUGUGAUGGUCGACAUGUUCAGACGUGUCUGCGUGGGCGCGCCAUGGGUUAUGAAAGCUGUGCGAAGGAGCGGCGGCAAAAGAAGGCCGAGGCUUUGAGGCAGCGCCUCGAAGCUGAAUCGGAGGAAGCCCGAAAGUCUCGUUUGGCUCCGGAUGCUGUCUUGCGUUAGCGUUGUGUAGGCUCGUGUGAAGGGUCGUUGAACGGUUGUGUAGCGUUGUGAAGGGGAGUUCCCAUAGGGUUUUCCAGUUUUAAUGCUAACGCAUUUCCGUCGGAUCCACCAAUGGAUCGACCAUGAUGUUCUUUUUUCUUUUUGUACCACAAUCCAAGUAAUCUCUAUGUUUUAAACGUUAAUAGUCCUGCAAAAAGCACAUGGCAGUGAACGAAAACCGGAACCAAACUUCGAGGGACCUACAUCAUGGCGGCGAGUUCGCCUUUUCGAAGCCAGUGCUCUCUGGGAGGGAUGACGUCAGUUAAUCAACUCCCUAUUCGGUUGCGUCUGCUGAGAAGUGUGUCUAAUAAAUCAAUUUUGUACUCCGACUAACACACCAUUUGCUUUCUCGUACACUCGGAGCUCCCGUAAAUCAGCUUGCCCUCUUUUGAUUAUAACAUUCAAUUUCUUUCGUUACCUCAUUGCUCAUUACUUUCAGUACACUACGAACAUUCAGUCUUUCCCCCCGAGAUGGCAGUACAAAUCACGCAUUAUACGAUGAUACUUGUCUGUAAAUGUUCACAAUUAUUGUCCUGCUCUUCCACACCCGGAUGAGCCACACUUUCGUAUUUUUGAGAGCAGUUAUAAUAUAUCGAGUAAGUAAAUUAGAAAUUUAAAAUGUAUGUAUCGCGAUGACAUCGCCAUAGCCAGCCUUGACAACACCGAGGCUUGUAUAGACCCCUCUUUGUCUUUGUAUUUGCGUUCCUCUAAGCAUUCAUAUAUCGAAUACCGUUGAUGUUAAAUGGGAUAAAUAUACUAUAGUUUUCUUUUAAAUUCUAUUUCAUCUUCCCCAAUACUCGAUGCUUUUAAUUUAUAUGACUGCUGUGCAAUGGGUGAUAGAACGAAUGUAUGUAAGCUUGCCUCGAGAUAAGGAUGAUGAUGAUGAUGAUGAUAUGAUAAACACAUCUAAGGAUUUCCUACGUUUAAUCUAUGACGUGCACGGAGAUCAAUGCCACAGUAUGGACGUGGGACAAGGACAUCGUAAUUAAUAUAUUUAACAACAAUCCUCGCAAAAAGUCAACCUUUUCUCGACGGGCAAGCUUAUGCGGAUGUAAUUUUACAUGUAAAGCAGUAUUAGUACACCGUUAAAAAUGUUUUAUUGUAUGUGUAUAUGUCCGUAUCAUGAACUAUCGCACUUUCGAUGGAACCUUUAAAUUUUGCUUGAGUGCUUGUGUAUAUAUCAUACGAUCCUACCUGUACAUAAAUGAUAUGGUUGAUAUGAAGAAAGUG